GAUUGUAUAAAUGUAGCCGUGUUUCAGUCUAUGGUAAAAAUCGAAACGGAACGUUUCUUUGUAAUCGGUCUUCAACAUUUAAUCCUUGUCGAACUAUUGCCUUGUGAAAAUCUACCUCCGAUUAAACUAAAUUUAAUUAAUUUAAACCGAAUAAAAGUUAAGAUGGGGAUGAAUAAGGCUACUAUUUUCAAAAUAGUGGAAUUGAUAAUAGUAUGCGUUCUUAUAGGAUUGCAUUAUCAUUCCUUUAGUGAUAGCAGUUUAAACAGUGCCUUUAUUACAAUGGGUACCUUUGGUGGGUAUUUAAUCAUUCUCGUGGGAAUGUGUCUUGGAAUUAUCUUAGGAGCUACUAUUGAUCGUCGCUUGGACUUGUUUUUCUCCAUAGUCGGUUGCAUCUUAUUCGUCAUUGUUGGUGCUCUUAUCCUUGAUCAUUUCAUAAAUGCAGUCUACCGAGGAAAUUUUCGUAAUACUGGUAUCGCUAAAGGAUCUAUCAGUAUAGUUCAAGGAAUUUUGUUUAUGGUAGAUGCAGUGUUCGCAUUCCGAGGAAAUUAAAAU